GUUUGGAGUGUCUAGAUAAGACGAACUUAUGUGAUCGUGCAGAUUGUGUAGCUGAUAGGUGGAUAAAGAACAGGAACCAAGGUGGCACUGCGAAGACAUAUGAUAAUAUGUGGAGGGACGAUGAUGGUGUUGAGGAAGAAUUGAAAAAUCUUUCUGCGGCAUUAUCUUCAGGGGGAACAAAUGGUGACACCCUAUGUAAUCACAUUAAUGGGAGUGGUAAGGAGGUUUCAGAAGAAGAGAAGACAGUAUGCAAGUUCAUUGCUGCAGGAUUAGAGAGUAUUUAUGAAAUUAAAGCAAAAGUAGAUUCAAAGGGAAAUAUCACAAAGAAGGCUUUAGAGGACCAAUUAUUUGAACGUACUAUGCGUUGUGUUUUAUUAAAUGCUUUUGCUGAUAAAUUAGAAGCACUUCCAUGUGCAGACGAAAAUAAAAUAAAGGACGCUAUAGAUAAAGCAUUUGGAAAAAGUAGUGUAAUUAUGGGAGCAACAUCUCCCUGCAAGAGUGAUGGUGAUAAGUGUUUUACGUGCGAAAGGAAAGCGAAUUUCAGUUGCGAAAUAAACAGCGAACAAGUGAAGACUAAAUUAGACCAUAUGCUCACGUCGGACGCCGAUAUGAAGAAAACGUUGAAGGAAAGUGCACACAAAAUAUGUGGUGGUCAAUGUAAAAACAUAAGUGGUUUGUGUUCGCGCGCACAAUGUGCGGGAGAACAGUGGUUCGAAGACAUGGGAAAAAGCAAAACGAGUAAAGAUGACAAGGAUGCAAUGUGGGAGAAAGUGCAGGAGCAAGUCACCUCAUUCGACAAAGCCCUGCCUGACAAUGGGGGCAACAUCGACGAUGCGGACGAUCUGUGCAAGGAGGUUAAAUGCCCCAAUGGUAAUGCAGAUUGCGUAAGCAAAACAACAUGCAAAAUUAUGGUUAAAGCAUUAAAGGACAUACAUGGAAUGAAGGAGAACGGAUCCGAUACGGGGCCACGAAAAGUAAAUAAUAGAAUAUUUAAAUCUACCAUGCGUUGUGUAGCACUCAAUGCGUUCGCAGAGACAUUAAGACUACAUGCAGAAAAAGGAGGUUAUGCUUGUGUUGUACAGGAAGGAAUAGAUAAGGCCUUCAAGGAGGGGGAGGAUAAACGUGAAGAAUGGUGUGGGAAGAAAGGUAAUGGGAAUGGUAAGGAGGAUGGUUCAUGUGAGAAGUGCCAGAUAGGAAAGUGUAUCACCUCUAAAAUUGAGGGUGACCCCCUAUGGUCCAAAGUGGUGGGUAUGUUGGACGAUAUCACCACCAACACCAAAAUACAACCAACAUUAUCCGAAAUAAAAAGGAAGGUCACUUUAUGUGAUCGCGUGAAUUGCAUAGCGAAUUGGUAUCAUAAAAAAAAGGAACACGGGAAGGGGGAGGAAAAAUUCUGGAAUGAGCAUGUGAAGACAUUGUGGAAUGAAUUAGCAGGAGCAAUGAACACAAAUAGCGGAACAGGGAACGGAGAUUGUAAUCAAGUGAAAGAUGACACUGAAGAGAGGGAUGCCACUGACCCUGAAAAGAAGGCAUGCAAUUAUUUGCAUGCCGGUCUAAAAAAACUGUAUACGACGACGACGUCGUCGUCGUCAACAAGAAACGAUAAUCCAGUUUUGGACUAUCCACCUUUUAGGCGAACUGUCGGUUGUUUCUUACUUCAUGCUUAUGCAAAACAUAUGAAAAGCAAAGCGAAUUGUUUAGUAGAAUCAGGAAUAAAAAAAGCUUUUGAGGUUGGUGGUAAAUGCACGAACAAUAGUGGUUCGUGUAUUGAAUGUAAAUGGGAUGAAAAUUUGGACAAUUGCAAUGUGACCAUUGAAAAAAACUCUGUCACUGUAAAGGCCAAAGUGGAUCCAAUACUCAAGGUCGAUGAGCAAAACAUGAAGACCGUCAUUGAAAACAUAAAUGAAAUGCAAAACUUAUGCGAUUAUAUUAAAUGUGCCGCACCCAAAUGGUUCCACAACCACAAAAACAAAAACGGGAAUAAGGGUAGCCCUACGCACAGUUGGUGUGACUUUUGGGAUACGACUGUUAAAGAGGAACUGAAGAAGAUGUUCCAGAAGAUCGUGUCCGAUGGAAAUGACACAUCGAAGACCAACGCUAAUGUUGUAUGUAAUAAAUUUGGUGAUGAAAAUCCACAUAGUGUUGAAAGAAAAGCCUGUAAUCAUAUCACAGCAGGUUUAGACUAUAUUAACCAAGUUCUGGUUACUCAGAACGGUAAUACGGAUGAUGAUAAGUUUUUUAAACGAAGUAUGAUGUGCGCAGCACUUAACCUUUACGCAACUAAAAUAAAAAAGGAGUCUGAGGACAAAUGUCCCAUUGAUGAGGAAAAAAUAACACAAAUGUUUGAUGAUUGGAAUAAACAGAAUAAUCCAAAUUCUUCGCCUUCGCCUUCGUGUAAGAGUGGAGUUUAUGAUUGCUUUGUCUGUAAAAGGGAUGAUAAAAUUUUGGACGGUUGCAACCUCCUCGUUGAUAAAGGUCUCAUUGGAACAGCAUCACUACAAAGUGGACAAAAUUGCAAUGAUAACGGCAACAACAGAAAAGAAGUCCAAACUCAAAUGAACCAACUCCUCGAUAAAGAAUCCCAAAUGCAACAAACAUUGAACAAAGUAAAUGAAAUGGCCUCUUCUUUCUGUACUCAAGUCCAAUGCGCAAUAAAAAAAAAACUGAAAAGCAAAAAUGGACAAACACCCUCAACCGGAACAAUGUCAUCUUGG